AUGAAGGUUCUGGACGCCCGGACUUUCAUCAACAGCAGCCUGGAUGCUGAUGCUGACGCAGAGCCUCUGGAUGUCCCUACUGUCUACGCCGUGCAUUGUACUGCUGACUUCAAUGCAAAAAGGCCCUGGAGUGAAUGCAACCAUUGGGUUCCUGGAUGGCACGUAGAGGAUUUGGGCAUGGAUAGAGCCCGCCAGCUUCACAGGGAGCGGAUGUCCUUGCAGCAAAGGCUACAUGAAGAUGCCAUGCUUGACCUGCAUGAACAAGAAAUGAAUGCUGUCAUGGACCCUGACCUCCAAGCAGCCUUGAGGAAUGACCUCCAGAUAUGCGAAGACAGAUCUAUGCGGUUUGAAUUGAUGUCUCACAAGCUCUUCCUCGAGCAUGGGAUCAUCUUCCACGAUGUAGUGGCUGAUGGAAACUGUGGCAUCGAGACUGUGGCUUGCUGGGAGAGGGUCCCAGAGAUUUGGCAAACACCUGAUGGUGACAUGAAACGCCUGAGAGAGGAGUUGCAGUCUGCUUGGUUGUCCUCGAUAGAGGUGCCCUACUGGCGCGGAGUGUUUCUGCACUACCUGUCUGGUGUGGCCUUGCCUGGUGCUCCGCCGCCACCAGCGGACAAUCAGCCAGAAACCUCAGAGGCUGCUGAGCUGGAGGUCACCCCCCCAAAGCGCGACAGCAAGCGCGACUGCCCUUUUACUCCAGACCCUGUGGAGAAACGUGCUAAGCUGCUUCCAGAUGAACAAGAUGCGGAAUGUGGUGUCCUGGUGGUGCCGGGAAAAGAUGGUGAGCAGGCUCAGAAGAAGAGGCGUACUGGAAAACCCAAACCCAUCGAUACAAAGGUGAACUUCGAGACCUACCUUCAGCAAUGGUUGUCGAGCAAGGGAAUCAUUUACAAAACCUGGGUGGCUGAGCACAAGAAGUGCUUUGUGAUAGUGUUUCCUGGCUUAGAUCUGGUCAGGCGUGGCACCAACUUCUGCCCAGAUGGGAAUUGGUCUGAUUUCCAGAAGCUUAUUGGCGUUGGAAAGUGGCCAUCUUGCGCUGUCUGCUCUAAGAAGAUGGAGGUGGCUGUUGGUACCAAGUUGGAGCUUUGCGCCGCAAUGCGGGAGUUGCAGGAGAAGGUGGUUGAUGAUUUGGCACUUUUUGCGAAACGUUUGCUAGAGAAACCAGAGAAACCUCUCAAGCAGCUGAAGAUUCCACAGCAUGCAGCCUUGGAAGACCAGGAUCCAGGUAGAGCCAAAGCGGAGCCAGGCGAGAAGGUGAAAGCGGAGCCAGGCGAGAAGGUGAAGGUGGAACAGGAAAGUGAUGGUGAGGCUUCAGCUCAUUUGGCCCUGGUAGAGGCCCCACCAGAGCCACCAGAGCCUUUUGACCCCUCAGCCUCCAUGGCUGCAGAGGCGUUGAUGACCAAGGCUGAGCUCGUUGCUCUGCACAAGUUGGUGAAGCUGGGGGCAGGUGAGGAGGGCAAGAGGAAUGGCAUGUUCUGCAGAUGGUGCAAAGUUGCCUUCGAGGCUCGUAAUCGAGCUAAAGUCUUUCAGCACGUGCGUAGCCAACAGCAUCGGGCAAAGUUUUUUGCUUCUAUCAAGAAGGAGCCCACCCCUCCUGCUCCGGUCUCUGAAGCCACAGAGAGUGUCCGCAAAGAUGUUUGCCAUGGAAUUUCAUUGAACGGUUCUUUCGGCAAAAAGACUCGCCUUGGCAGUGAUCUACGGCCGGUCUGGGACGAAUUUGUCCAAUAUGCUGAGCUCUCAGAGGCUUCAAACAUCAAUGGGAUGGCUACUCACCGCAUUGUGCGUCUUUGCCAGUCGGAUGAUUGGAGGUUGCAGCACCGAACGUGCUUUGAGGGCAACUCCAAUGGGCCUGUAGCCGUUCCAGUCAGUGUCGGUGCCGAUGGUGAAGCUGUUUGCUCUUCAUGCUUGCAGCUUGGAAAUUGCAGGCGUCUUUUGCAAAGAGUGACAGAUUUUGUGAAAGACCUCGACAUGGUGCGGCUCUUAUUCAAGUUGAUGUUUGCCGCCGACAAGGCUGAGGAGUUCAAGGAGAGCCUGACCUCCAAGGCGAUCUACACUCGGCGGUGCAAAGUGACCUACGAUGCUUUCCUGAGCAUGUCCGGCCCAGAGCUUCACACCAAGGUGAGAAACGUAUGGUACGGCAAGCAGGGGGUGAAAUCCACCGAGGCAAUGAAGCACUUCAUGGAAUCCACUUUCUUUCCUUGCUUGGAUUGUGACCCCAGCAACCCAAUGAAAAGCUCGUUGCUGGACAGCCUCAUGAAGUACAUGCGAUGCGAGGAAAGUGCAGACGUCUUAGAGGCAGACUUGCGCAUGGUGCGAGCCAUCGUGACUGGCUCUUUGAAUCAUCACCCGGCCAUACAUGGCCUGGUGGUGGCAUGCAUGAACAGGGUGACCAAAGAGGAGCGAGGGAACAGCACGUUCCGUGAUGCACAUCGCGACCCUCGUGAGCUCCAACUGUUGCACGAAGCAGGUGCAGAACUUUCUGCAUGGGGAGCGAGCCCUGGAUCAUUGUCCUUUUUCGGCCUACGGUGGAGUGAACUAGAGAACAGGCGGUCUGUUCUGGAGAAGAUUCCUUUGUGGGGCCUGCCGACUUUCAUGUCGCCAUCUGCAGAGGUCUUGAGGGACAAUGAACAUUUGAUCAGUAUGGUGUACCCACGUGCUGAAGGAAUCCCUUACCGAAGGUUGUGCAUGGCCUAUGAUCGCACUUAUUUGCUUUCAACGUGGCAGUUGCUCCGCACCAACAUUGGAAACUGGCUGGUGGGGGGGGCCCACAGGCCAUCCGGCUUUCAGGCUGAGGACGAAUCUUACUUCGUGCUUCAGAGGGAGAAGGGAGAGAAGCAGUACCACAUCAAGAACUGCACCAAAGCCAAUGAAUUGGAGGCCUUUGUUUGCUGGGAUUCGACCCGGAUCGCCAGCCCCACCAUGGAGCUGGCAUCCUUUCCUUGCACUUCCUCUGCCACCCGCCAUGCUGAGUUUGAGGCUGGCAUGAAGGAUACAAGCCACCAGCGGGGAAAGUUCGAGAAUCUGCAUCGUUUGGGAUUUGUGCUGGACGCUGCAAGAAGCGUGCGAUUCCUUUUGGCUGACAGCCAUGCAAGCCACGAGUGGAGCCAUCGCUUAUUGCUGGGGCAAACCAUCGAAUUGCCAGAUGCUUUCCUUUCUGAGAUGGUGUUCUGGAAAGACCUCACUUUCCACCCUUUGCCGAGAACAAAGCACCAUUUGGAUUACCGCCUCGUCAAAGUGAGUGGAGAACACUUCGGGUACCUUCCGGGUGUGGCGCAUAUCCAAAAAAAUGCCGUAGAGCAGCUGAGGUCGUCACUGCGUACAGUUCACUUCGGCAAGUUGCCAUGCGAUGGCUCAGCCAUGCUGGCUUUGGGGAUGUGGCCCGCAUCCUACAUAGGAUCAGAUACCAUGUCUGAUCAGCAAGCGGCGUUGUGGUCCCUUGAAUGUGUUUCAAGCAUUUGGUUUUUGUGA